AUGCCUGCAUCACUUUCUUCUUCAAAGACUGAUGAUAUUUGUUCAGAUAAACAAUUUGGUGAAAAAACUGAUGAAUUCUAUGAUAUAUCAAAUUAUUUAAAAAUUAAAGUUGAUGAUCAUUCUUUAUAUGGUAGAUUUAUUAAAAGAGCAAUAGUUGACUUUCUAGUAAAAACAAAAUCAAAUGAACUAUUAGAUUCAUCAAUCAACUCAAUUUCAAGUUCGUCAUCAUCUCAAUCAUUCAUUGGUAUCAUUUUACCAAAUUAUGCAAAUUCAAUAAUCAUAGAUCCUGAUUUUUCUGUUUUGAUUGAUAGUAAAUCUGCAUCCUCAAGUGAUAAUUCAAUUUGUACUACCAUUAACGAUUCCAAAUUAACUAAAGCUCAACUAGCUGGUAUAAUAGUAGGUUCUGUAUGUUUUGCUCUGGUAAUAAUAAUAUCUAUUAUUUAUCUUAUUAAAAAAGAAGAAUCAAAAAAUCUUCUUAAAGAAAAUGAAUUCAAAAUUAAAACAUGUAAAUUAAUUUAA